AUUCAGUCCGGUUGUGUUGUAUGAUGCGGGAAGGUGUGAGAGUGAGGGGUGUACUGUCUCCUCGUGCCACAGUCUUUCCCGCACGGAAAACUAUUAAUGAUAUCAGGGGAGUUACAGUCGCCUUGGGGGGUUUCUGCAGUCCGAAACAAGUCAGCUCUCUAUCUGUUAUUGGGGAAUGAACGACGAGAAAAGCCCGGAUAACGGCAAGAGAUACUCUGGGUAUACCAGUAUUGAGCAAAUGCUGGCUGUGAACCCUGGGAAGACGCCCAUCAGUCUGCUGCAGGAAUAUGGAACGCGGAUAGGCAAGACUCCAGUGUACGACCUGCUGAAGGCUGAGGGUCAGGCCCACCAGCCCAACUUCACCUUCCGCGUCUCUGUGGGAGACAUCAACUGCACCGGCCAGGGCCCCAGCAAGAAAGCUGCCAAGCACAAAGCUGCCGAAGCUGCCCUGAAAAUGCUGAAAGGAGGACUGCUGGGAGGAAUCGGAGGAAAUGGGAUGGAGGGAGACGGCUUCGUCGGGAUUGAUAUGGAGGGAGAAUGCCCUCAGUCGGAGAUGAAAUCAUCCAGUUCAACGCAACAAGCUGAGUGCAAUCCAGUUGGAGCUUUGCAGGAACUAGUAGUGCAGAAAGGCUGGCGUUUACCCGAGUACACAGUCACUCAAGAAUCUGGACCUGCACACCGCAAAGAGUUCACAAUGACCUGCAGGGUGGAGAGAUUUGUUGAGAUAGGUAGUGGCACAUCAAAAAAGCUUGCUAAAAGAAAUGCGGCAGCAAAGAUGCUCUCUCGUAUCCAUGACGUACCAGUGGACAUGCGCAGCAGCCAUGAGGCAGAAGCAGAAGAUGACACUUUCAGUAUGCAAAUGAGUGGAAGACUAGAGGGAGGGAAGUCUAAAGGUCUCGGCUGCACGUGGGACUCUCUGAGGAACUCGGCUGGGGAGAAGAUCUUACAGUUGCGCUGUCAUCCUCUUGGCCAGCCUAACUCCAAUUUCUGUUCUCUUCUUCGUGAGCUUUCUGAGGAACAGCGCUUUGACGUCAGCUACCUGGACAUAGAGGAGCGCAGUUUGAGUGGCCUUUACCAGUGUCUGGUGGAGUUGUCCACGCAGCCCAUUACUGUCUGCCACGGAUUCGCCUCUAGCCUGGAUGCAGCACGUGCCAGCGCUGCCCACAAUGCUCUUCAGUACCUCAAGAUCAUGGCAGGGGGGAAAUAAAUCACAGUAAGAGCUCUCGUGUAACAUUUAUGUUUUCUUUUUGCUGCCUAGAGGAAAAUGGGAAAAUCAGGUGAAGCUUGCCUCUUCUGCCCCCCAGCUGUGUAAUCUGAGGGGCUUGUUCGUUCAAUGCAGAAGGUGCUCUAUAAUGGCCUGCAAGGCCCUUUUUGGUCGAGAUCUUACUGCUGCCAGCUGUGAAAUCAGUCGGAGAAUGUACCGACUGCCUAAUUUUCACCUCGAAUAUGACAGCAAAAGCGUGUGCCCUUGCUCCUCAGUGCCUCUAAACAAAGGCAGGGGACACUAUUAACUUGAAACCCGAAGAUAAAGUGUUCAGUGUGAGUGAUCUCUGCAGUUCAUUUGGAUAAACUCGUAUGUAUUCCUUCGCAAAUAGUUGACCUUUUCCCAGAAAUGUUGAUCUUUUUGGAAAACAUUCCCUCUGAUUUGUUUUCCCCCUUUUAAAUUACGGCAUAGAUAAUUUGCUGUGCGACUUCGACGACUUGAUGAACCUAGAACAGACAGCAUGGCUUUUUAAAACUGUAAAUAUUUCACUUUUUACGUUUUAUUUUAGUAAUAGAUUAUUUGUUAACAAUUAUUUUACCAUAGAACAUAUUCGUAAAAUAAAGUUCUCAGCCGUUUUAAAUAUCAUUUUUAACAUGAGCCUGACAGUUUGUGGUAAAUAUCUACCUCUGUGCAAGUGUUUCUGCUCCCAAGCUUCAUCGUUACAUUUGGACCGGCAAAGACUGAAAUGUUCAUAUCCAGCAUAACGGUAUACAACCAACAACAGUAGUAUGUGACUAUGUGACUACUGAUGUAAUUUGUACCAAAUUGGUGAAUCUGUACCCUAUUGAAUAUUUUAUCCUGAACAAUAAACCUGAAAUAGACAUUA